AUGGCAACCCUCAACACCUCCAGCAACGGCCCGAACAUCACCAGGAGCUACCAGGCAAUCGUCAAUGCUCCUCUGCCCUCGGGCGCCGCUGCUGGCUCUCCUACCUAUGGGCAAUGGGCCAUCUUCUCCGUCCAAGCCCCCCUAGCCAACGCCUUCGUCGCCGACACGGGCAAGGAGAGUGUCCUCAAAGUCCAGAGCACCGGAGAGGGCGAACUGACGGACCUGAUCGACGAGCUCUCCGAGGGCAGAAUCCAGUUUGCUUUUGUUAAAGUCAAGGACCCCAACUCCGGCCUGCCCAAGAACGUUCUGGUGGCAUGGUGCGGUGAAGGUGUCCCGGAGAGGACCAAGGGCUACUUCAAUACUCAUCUUUCCGUAGUCACUAAGCUCCUUCACGGCUACCACGUCCAAGUCACUGCCCGGAACGAAGCCGCACUGAGCCCCGAAGGCAUCAUCCAGAAGGUCGCAGAUGCUUCUGGCGCCAAGUAUUCUGCAGGUGACGCGCCUGCCCCCAAGCCGGCUCCCAGCGGACCUCCGCCACCCGUCGCGACCAAGCCUGUCUUCACCCCUACUCGCGUUGGAGGUGCAGUAAGCGGUGGCUUCAACCCUCUCGCCCGCUCCCGCGCCGCUCCGUCGAACCAGAACACGGAUAAUGAUGGCUGGGGUGCUGAUGCACCCCCGGUUACGAGGACACAGCUCGAGAAGGUCGAGCCGGCCUACAAGCCUACCAAGGUAAACAUGGCGGAACUUACCUCUCAAAAGCAGGCGCCAGCCCCCGGUUUCUCCAAGCCGGACGACAGGCCAGCCGACAUUGUCAGCGGAGGUUACAAGCCCAUCGGCAAGGUCGACAUUGGGGCCAUCCGCAGGGAGGCUGCCGAAUCUGGACAAUUGAAGGAUGACAGGCCCGCCCCGAUUAAGGGCUCUUACGAGCCGGUCGGCAAGGUCGACAUUGCCGCCAUAAAGGCCAAGGCUGCCGGUCCUCCCGGUGCCCCGGCGCCUGCUAAUGACGAGGAGGAAGAAGCCCCGAAGUCUUUGGCGGAACGUUCGGCCGCCUUCAAGCAGUCUGAGAGACUCACCGCUAUGCCUAAGCCCAAGGUUGCAAACAAGUUUGGUUCCAAUGCUGCCUUUACCGGAACCAAGGCCCCGACCCCAGCGCCUCUUGGACCCAAGCCUAUCGCCGCGACUGCGCCCAUUGGCACCGCAAGCAAGACCUUUGCCGACGAGGGAGGUAAGACGCCCGCUCAGAUUUGGGCAGAGAAGAAGGCGCGCGAACGUGGCCUCAGCGGUGCUAGCGACAACCCGCCACCAGCAGCCCAGGCUGUCUCUCCCCAACCCAGCGGCAGCCAGGGUGGCUGGAAGAGCGGCUACGCGGGCAAGAGUUGGGCUCCUGUCCAGACGACGCAUACCGGAAAUGCCAGCAACCUCAGUGCGCAGCGUACUGGCCAAGACGAGCAAGAGCAGGAGACCCCAGCCUCUCCUCCCGGAGGUAUCGGUUCUAUUCGCGAUCGCUUCGCAGCUGCUCCUCCACCUCCGCCUAUGGACUUUGCCAGCAAGCCCAACGCUGGCGCAGGUGCGCCCGGCCUGCCCAUGCGGCCCUCUCAGCCGCAAUACGAGGAAACGGACAGGCCCGCCGAGGAGCACGUCGAUGUUCCAGCGCCGCCGCCUCAGCCUCGCAGCCCGUCUCCCCCUACUCCCGACGUCCGUCCUAGCUCGCCUAUCCGUAUUGCUGCUCCCGUCGCCCGCACCCAGGAGCCCGAGAUGGAGCCAGCGGAGGAGCUCCACUCGCCGCCACCGAUGCCCACGCGCUCCCUCGCCAACGUUGCCGAGGCAGCCGGCGACGACCUGGCCGACGAGCCCCAGGUUGCGGAGCACGACCCUGCCCGCGGCGCCGCGCAGGCGGCCGCCGAACAGACCUUCGGCGCGGCCGCGGCAGCGUCGGCGCAACCGGCGGCCCAGAGCGGCGGCAAGCGCGCCGUUGCGCAAUACGAUUACGAGAAGGCUGAGGAGAACGAGCUGGAGCUCCACGAGGGCGAGACGAUCGUCAACAUUGAUAUGGUCGACGAGGACUGGUGGAUGGGACAGAACGAGCGCGGCGAGGCCGGCCUGUUCCCUAGCAACUACGUCGAGCUGAUUGAGGACGCGGAGGCUGCUGCCCCGCCCGUGUCUCGCGCACCGGCUGCAGCGGUUCCGGAGCCUCCAGCGGGUCCGCCGCAGGCGGGUGGCCAUGGCGCCCCGACUGCUACGGCGCAGUACGAUUACGAUGCUGCCGAGGAGAACGAGCUGAGCUUCCCGGAUGGCGCUACUAUUACUAAUGUCGAAUUCCCGGAUGACGACUGGUGGUUCGGCGAGUACGGUGGGCGCAGCGGCCUUUUCCCGGCUAACUACGUUGUGCUUGACGAGUAA